UCGUGGUAGCUUGCCAUCAUAUAUAAACAUCGCCAGUGACAAGGCCCUGCAGUCACCCCAGCCAAGCAUUCUCCGUAGGUGUUUCCCGUGCUAGCUACGCAUAACUCUACACAGACACACGAGACAGCAUGAAGGCGCGUACCUCUCUCCUCCUGCUGGCCGUCGGCCUGGCGGUGUUGGUGUUGGCGGGAGCGGAACCGAACAAGAAGGAAUGCAAAGGAGGCGACUACAACUGUGGCGACAAGUGCAUCCCGAUGAAGUUUGUGUGUGACGGCACCUACGACUGCGGGGACGGCAACGACGAGUUCAAUUGCCCCAGCACCCGCCGCAGAGUUCACUUCCCCGAAGAAACCAUCGGCCUGGACGCCCCGACCUUCGACCUCGAGAUCCUGUGAUGAGGACCCCGUCAGGAGAGAGGGGAGGAGAAGGAGGGGAGGAUGAGGAGGGAAAUAAUGAGAAAAAAUGGCGUGUCUGAGAGCGUAUGAGGAAGAAGAAUUGCUGAAAAGAAGAGGAAGAGGAAGUGGAUGAGUCGUGUGCGAGUGUUUGCGUGUGUGUUUGUGUGUGUGCGUGAGUGUGUAGCUUUAGGAGGAGGAGGGUUAGAGGAAAGAAGGCAGGGAAAUAAGGUGUAUGGAGGAGGAGGAGGAGGAGGAGGGAGGGAAGAGAAUAUGAAGACCAGGAUAAUAUCUGUGAAGGAAGAAGAGGAAGAGGAAGAGGAAGAGGGGAUCGAGGUUGUCUUGUGUAACGUAUGGCUGAGGGGAUGAGAGAGGAAAAACAACAACAGGGGAAAAAUGGAAAGGAAAGGAGAAACAGGCCCAUGAAGAAGGAAAGAAGAGGAAACAAAUCAAGAAAACAAGAAAUGGGUAGAGUAGUAUGAACAUAAUGAAGAACAGAAGAAAAAAAAUAAUCAGAAGGAAGAGGAGGAGUAGGAGGAACAAGCGUAAGAGAAACGAAGAGACAGAAACAAAAGAAGAACUGAGAGUGGUGAAGAGAGAGAGAAAGCGAGAGAGAGAGAGGGAAGGGAGAAAAUAAGGAGGCUUGGUAUCCUAAACAAAUGACUAUCGUAUACCUGGGAUGCUGCACUCUUCUAGCACGACGUCACACGUGAUGGAUGAACACUACCUGAGUAUCUCCCCCUCACCCCCUCCCUCCCUCCUCCCCAUACCCUUCCCAUCACCUUACCUGCCUACCUGCCUGUCCGCUAUCUAUAUUUAUGAGAGCAAGAUCAUUAAAAAUAUAUAUACACACACAUCA